CGGUCUACGAACUAACUGGUGCAUUGUGAAAGAGUAUCAUUUUCUUCCUCCUGUUUUCAACGUACUGGGGUAUUACGCUAGGAUUCCCCUGGGUUAUUUGACCUCGAUUUCGAAUGCUUUAUUUCCAGUUGCAGAAUGCAUUUUCAAGCCAACGUCCUCGCGGGUUUCUUUGAGACAGCCAUUCUUUGUCGACAAAGGGGUUCGUUACCUCGAAGAUGUCGUACUACUUAUUAGUGUAGCCAUACUCGAUUCUUUCCCUUUUGUUUUGGCUUUGUGCGAAUUCUAAUUAUUGUCUUAUACCAAAACAUAACCUCUCCAAAUAUGCAACGCAAUAACGACGAGCUGAACGCAAUCUAUAAUUCGCUAGAGACGUACUUCGGGGCGGAUAUCAGGUUCCAAUGGGAGAAAGAAAUUGGACGCGGUAGUAAUGGAAUCAGCUACCAAUUCAAAUACACAGACCUGAAGGAAGGCGAAUCAAAACUACUGCCACAUCAUAUUACGAAGCGGGUAGUCUUGAAAAUCGCCCCAGACGACUAUGCUAUAUCUCGAUCCGUACCCGGUCAAAUUGAAAAUGUCUUGGGGGGUGCAGUUAUCGACUCAGACGACAAUCAUAGACCUCUGUUCGACACAAAUCCGGACGAGGAUUUUUUGGCGAGUGCAGGUAUCGAGAACGAGUCAUCCUCCCAGGAUUCCGGCAAGGGCCGCAAUAGUGAGGCGACGAAGCAGCUGGCGAAUGAGCUACGAUUGUUACAGGAUUUUGCAGGAAGCCACCACGUCGUCAGCCUCGUAGAGGUGAAGCGCGAUCCCUUGGGAAAGGAAAUGUCUAAAGAGAAAUAUGGUGUGAGGCAGCAUGAUAUGAAUAACUGGAUUUACAUGGAAUACCUCGAAAAUGGAACUCUAGGCGAUUUUAUUAUAAAUUACCGCCAGCAGUAUCCGGGUAAAACUCUACCAAACCGACUGCUAUGGAGAUUCUUCAUGUGUUUGGUCAGAGGCUGCUUGGUGCUGGCUUACGGUCCUGAAUCAGAAAAGUAUACAUGGGCGGAACUAGACGCCGAUCUAGGACAAGCGGACAUUGGCAAUCUGGCGCACUUUGAUAUCCACGACGGCAAUGUUAUGUUAGGAAAUGUUCUCCCAGCAAUUCAGCCAUCCGAGCAUGAAAUUACUCCUAUUUUGAAGUUAAUAGACUUCGGAUCAGCCGAUAUUCUGAAUGAAAAUGAGCCGAAAAAUCAGAGAGCAGUCUUAGAAGAAGAGUACGAAGAUGGCUGGGAAUACAACAUCUACGACAUUGGUCAUAUGAUGACAAGCCUAAUUCUCCUUGACAGUAAUCCCCAGCUCCCUAGAGUGACCAGACGGUCAAACACCGACCCGCCUGAGAUGCAGUAUACGGAGACAGUAAGAGUUCAAGAUGAGGUCUUCCACACGUCGGGAAUACAACUGGUUCCAAAUAACGAAACACUUCAAGACGUCGAUCUGGAACUCAAGCUCCUUGUUUGCGCUUGUCUAGCAGUUGACCCUAGGUGCCGCCCAACCCCGACAGAUCUGGCAGCGCAGAUCGGAAGACAUAUUGCUACCGAGGAUGCGACGAAAGCUGGGGAGACUAAUGCCGACAUAUCAAUCAUUUUGGAGGGAGUUAUAUUUAACGCGAGCCCUAUCGGGGCAUUAGGAGUUGCUCAAAACACCUCCCAGAAAAGACGCAAAUUUCUCAACGGAGAAGAGCAAUAG